AUGGCCACGAUCAAGGUCAAGCUCGCGGUAGAAAUGCCUCGCAACCGCGUGUUGUUCGUCGACGCGGGCUCUGACUUCGUCGACAUCUUCCUUAGCUUCCUCACGUUGCCACUCUCGGCCGUCCAUAUCUGCGCAGGCGCGUCAUCGCCGGGUUGUCUCUCCAACCUCUGCGACAGCGUGAACCGUUUCAGGGACAGCAAACUGUUGAAGGGUGAGGCGUGCCAUGGCCUUGUUCUCAGGCCUUCGCACGCCCAAGAGUUCAAGUUCCACUACGCAACGUUUAUCAAGAACCAGCAGAGUUUACAGGGAGACGAUUCGUCAUGCAGGUGUUGGGAAGCCAUGGCUAGAAUGGUGCAUGCGUACACCCAAGUAACAGGGACAGAAACAUUUCUCACGCGGAAAGAACGAUUUGUGAUCACCGAUGACGGCGUGAUCAAGCCGGCGUCCACGAGCAGUAUGUUUGCUCUGCUUCAGAAGUUCAGUGCUGAUGGGAUUGUCCCUGUCUUUGAGGAGCUCGAAGUGUGCGUCAGCUGGGCAGAGGUUGUUAGUUUGCUAAAGACAUGUGUCCACUCGGAUACAGUAUUCACCGAUGUCUUUUUAUCAAAGGAAAUCGAUGGUGUUUGUCGUAGAAUUCCGAAACCGAGCAUCAGGCCGACAGUUCUGCGGAAGUCGGACAAAGAUUCAGUUUCUUCACCACGGUGCAACAUCAAGCUUCUCUUCGACGGCCAGGAGGGGAAGGUCCUAUAUGCGGAGUGCAAGCACGAGUUCGUCAACCUGCUGUUUAGCUUCCUUACAUUCCCAAUAGGGUGUAUGAUCAAGAACUUGGGUGGUGGCACUUGCCAUCUAGGCUGCAGCUUGGACAAUCUGUACAGCAGUGCUAUGGAUCUCGACGCCGCUGCGUACCUAACGGGGCUCGACUUCACCAGAGAUACGUUGCUAGAUCCGAGCAUUGCCCCGUUCAAAGUGGAAGACAACGGCUCCGUGCAGGCUGUCCCGGUCCCGGAGUGGUACUACAUGUGUAAAGUUCCAGCUUGCCAAUGUAGGCCGCCGAACAGGAAAUGUUCAGUCUGCGACCCUGAGUUCGUCAGAGACGGCACAUACAUUGUGGACGACGAGCUGUUCGUACACCAGGCUUCUGCCAUGUCGGUGAUGAAGCAUUGGUGCCGGAGAGACAGGGCGAAUUUCGUGGAGAUGGACAUUACCGUCGGGAAACAGGAGGCUGUUGCUCUGCUGCGAGCCGCGUUUACUUCCAAGACGGCGCUGACUGAUGUCUUUGGCAGUAGGAUGGAUAAAAAACCGCCUCUUUUGCAGCCCUUGCCACCUUGCAAAAUGAAAAAUUCAUCGUCCUAUUCCCUGCAGCAGAUGCAGAUCUUUGUCAAGAUGCCCACUGGUAAGACCAUAACCCUGGAAGUUGCGAGCAUCGACACCAUUGACACUGUCAAAGCCAAGAUUGAGAAUAAGGUCGAAGUUCCCGAGGGAUAUCGUCACGAGCUGGUCUACGGUGGGAAAUAUCUGAAGGACUCGAAGACUGUUGCUGAUUACAGCCUUGUGAAAGAGUGCAUCGUCCACUGCGCAUUUUACAUGGAGGGGAGCUGUGAAACUAUAACAAGGGUAUAUCAGUACACCAUGUAA